UGCGGAGUUGGAUUUCCAGUCGACGUCGUGCUGGACCGAAACAAAAUGUCUGUGAAACACUGUCGUCAGCGGACUUUGACUGCGCCCAGGACUAUCGACGGGCGGCAAAUGGACCCCGAUGGACCCUCCCGAUGGACCAGGCAUGGACGGACAUGAUCAUCAGUCAGUCAAUGGCGGCGAUAGGUAGCGUUUCUUUCUGUAGGCGCGUCGUGGACGUGCGGCCUCUUCUUGGGUCGUCACUACCGGUAGCUAUGGAGGGGAACACACCUGUAGACGUUGGUGGUAGGAAAGGUAUCGCCAUGUAGGAGCAUCAGACAGAGUGAUUAACCUUCUCCUACUCUCCCCGGACACGCGGUUGCGCACGUGGUUGCUGCCGAUCUGCACGGAAAAGAAGGGGGGGGGGGGGGGGGGGGGGGGGGGGGGGGGGGGGGGGGGGGAGGGGGGGGGCGCGCGCGGGAGAAACGUGGUGGCGGGCGGGUUGGAGGUGAACAUCUGUCGUCAGUAGGGGGUUAUGGGGUUCGGGGAGGCCAACACGAGAGGCUUGGCUCUUGCAUCCGAGUUGGUUCGUCAUGGCGGGAAACGAUUCCGCAUGGCAGGAAACGGAUCCGCAUGGCGGGAACUCCGUACUGGUGGUGGUGGUGGUGGUGUUGGAUUGGCCGUGACGUCAUCUUUGGUGCUGUCGGGGUCGGGAUCGAUAGCGGCGGCGGUCGCUGCGGCUGCCAUCAGCUCUCUCCCUGCGGCUCAUUGCGAAUCAACGCCAGGAGGAGGAGGAUCAUGCACGUCGCUAUGGAUGUCAUCGAGACGCGUGGAAUGGACACCUCAGGAGGGAGGUCACCGUUGCCGACGAGGAUGCCCAGGAGGAGGUGGUAGAGAGAAGGUGUCGAGCGUAGAGGAUGAGCGAUGGAGGAUCCGGCGAUGGUGGAUUCCGGUCGCUUGGUGCGAGGAAAUGGUGAAGGCAGAGGAUGGGAAAGUGUAUCAUAUCGAGCUGAAGUCAUUGUUAUCAGCGUUUCAGGGCAAAGCGUUUUUCACGACAGUAAUAAGGCAAAUCAUCACCCACUUUAUGCCGGUUGUGCAGUACUACAUUACUCCUGAUGAAGAGGAUGAAGACGACGAAGAUCCAAUGGCGACGGCGAUGCAGUCGGCGCCACCGCUCCCUCCUCCAGACGUCCAUCUGCACGCCAAACGCACAGGUCUCGCGAUAGCCAGAGAGCUAGCAGUGACGACAACAAGACGAGUCCUGGAGCGUGUGGCAGUCAAGAAGCUCUCUGUCCCUCUUGCAUGGAAGUUGACAAAAGACAUUCAGAAAUCUGCUCUGAGAAAGGCGGCCAGGAACUUCAGGGGCUCACAGAUGUUUUUGCGAAUGUGCAGAACAACUGUCAGAGCGCACGUGUUGCAAAUUGCUGCAGCAUGGUUAGUGCAGUGUGUGACGGAUUUGACGACUUGCGUUGUGAGAUGCUGGCGCCUUCGGCGGCUCGAGAAGAAGGAGAUUGGGCAUUUGAACGAAGAUGAAGAAGGACGUCCAAUUCGAGUAGAGGUUGCCGUCUUUGCAGAACAGAUGGCUGGUAAUACUUCCAGGGCUGUUGGGUCUUUAGCUAUGGCCUCAGCAGGUGCAGGACUUGGGAGCCUUAGGUACAUGCUGACCAUGCAUGUCACACAGUCAGUAAGGCAAUCUGGUACCGGUGACCAUGUCACACAGUAACUAAGGCAAUCUAAGGCAAUCUGGUACCGGUUCUUAGGAGUCCUCGGCUAUGGCAGUAGCAAGUGUAGCUGCUAACCUCUUGAAGCACCGGUACUUCCUAGAGUCGCGCCCGUUAACGCGCCACGAUUUUAGGCAACGUACGGGCUACUACAGGAGCGCCCAAAUUCAUCCGACUAGAAACGUUUCUACUCUAUUUUUUUCGGCGGCCGAUAGCUGGGCCAAGUGCUUGUGGUUUAACCUUUUGUUUUUCUUCCCAGGUUUUAAUUAUUGAACAUGCUGCCGUGAGCAUUUGGCUACAGCAGACUGAUGAUCAGGAAUUAAAAAAAUGCGAUGUUGGACAUAAAAAAGGACCCUCGGGCAACCACCAUAGCUGAACACGAUUGUGGAAACGGCUGCCACUGUGUCGUAGGUAGAAAGUGACGGCGACAGAUUGAAUUGUUGUUGCACGUGUAGAGUAGAGUAAAUAAGUAAAAUGGUA